AUGGACGAUGAGGCAAGCAGCAGCAACAACAAAAGCCUAACAAAUGACAAUAACAACAAAAGUCCUGUUCUUAGUGGGUUUUUGGAUGCAAGCAAAGCUGAAAAAUCUGUUUGGUUAAUGAAAUGUCCUUCAAUGGUCUCGCGUUUUCUACGAAGCCAAGAACGUGAAGGUGGUGAUGGUGAUGCCUCUUCACGCCCUGUGGCUAAAGUCAUUGUCUCUGUUGACCCUCUUAAAGGCAAUGAUGAUAGCUCUGCUACUGAGUUCACUAUGGAAAUGGCUGGCACUGAACCUGGAGAUGGACUCAAGUCUUACUCUAUGGAAAUGUCUAAAGACUUAGUUGAUAUGUCUGUGUUUUCUGAGUCAUCUCAAGGAAAGCUGUCUGUGGAGGGAAGAAUACUGAACAAAUUUGACGUAAGGCCUCAUAGUGAAAACCUAGAGAACUAUAGAAAAAUCUGCCGUGAAAGAACAAACAAGUGCAUGAUCAAGAGUAGACAAAUAAAGGUUAUCGACAAUGACACUGGGAAUCAUAUGAUGCCUAUGCCGGGGAUGAUUAUAUCUGGAUUCGCUGAUAAGAAGAAACUGCCAAUCAAGGCAUCGGAUAUGAAAAGGACGAGAAGAGACCGUGGAGAAAUGGAAGGGAUUAUGUUUAAGCUUUUUGAAAAACAACCAAAUUGGACAUUAAGACAGCUGGUCCAAGAAACAGAUCAACCCGAACAAUUUGUGAAAGACAUGCUUAAAGACCUCUGUGUCUACAACAACAAGGGAAGUAAUCAAGGAUCGUAUGAGCUGAAGCCGGAAUACAAGAAAUCAGGGGAGGAACCAGGGCCUGAAUAG